GUUCAUAGACCAAUCAAGUCUUAUGUUUACGCUUAUACGCUUAUGCAAAAGUGUGUGCUCCCCGCUUAACUGUGCAACAAGUAAUGCACGCUCAUUUAAUAGUUGAAACUAGUUUAUGACCUUUUGAAUAUAACAAUCUAGCUAUAAUUAGUAUCAAAACCAACCUUAAGAAAAAUAAGAAGAAUAGUUUCUGGAAAAUUGUAACGUUAAUACAAUUAUAAGUCUUUUAUAUGUGUAAAAAAUUAAGAAAUAUACAUUUAAAUUACAUUGUGCCUACUAAUAUAAACUGCAUUGUGACUACAUAAAAAGAAGAAUGGCAUAUACACAUUUGUCGAAAUUCGACGAAGAUAGACUUUUAUACGAUCUUCCAAUAAGUAUAUAUAAGAAAUUGGUCAAUAAAUUGAAUGAGAAUUUUAAUUAUCGUAAGCUGCAGGCUCAAAUAAAAAAAACAUUACCUCUUGUAACCACAAAAUUCAACAAUCAUAUGGGAGCGGAAAAUAUAUUCGAUGAACUAAGGACAAAAAUGUGUUCAGUUGGUACAUUAGGUAUAUUACUUAAAGAGUGUAAACUUGAUAGUGUUUGGUUAAUUUUAUAUCGUCCAGAGCCAAUAAUAAUUGUUAAACAUCCGUCUGAUGAUAUGGUAUGUAAUACAUUACAAUUGGCUAUUGGUGAAAAACUUCAUCUUUCUUGCAAAGCUGUUGGCACACUUCUGAGUUAUCAAUGGUAUCAUAAUAAUAUUAAGCUGCGUGGUCAGAAGAAGCGUAAACUUGAUAUCACUAUAAAUAGUUGUGAAGAUGCUGGAGAAUAUAAUUGUAAAAUUUCACAAGUUAUUGAAGGUGAAGAUGAAGAUGAAGAGGCAUUAAAUUCUGUACUGCGAACAGAGUCAGUUUUUGUGACUAUACCUUAUAUACCUGUAUGUAUGCAACAGCAACCACCCAUUUUAUUAGAGAUUGAAGAGAAUGAGGACCUUAUAAUUAAAUGUAAGGCACGCAGCCAUCCUAAACCAUGUUACCAAUGGUUCAAAGACAAUACAAUGUUAGAGGGAAAAACAUCAAAUGUAUUGCAUAUAAAACAAUCUAAUUUCAAUGUUGGAGGACAGUAUUACUGUCAUAUAAGUAAUAGCAUGAGUGAAGUAAUUACUAAAAAAACUCUUGUACUGGUUCACUCUCCUCGUGAAAAGGCAAUUGCAAAAAUAGCUUUAAUCAUUGCAAAUGAUGAAUAUGAAAAUCUUCAAUGUUUAAUGAAACCUAGAUAUGAUGCUAUGAGAAUUCAUAAUCGGUUGAAGAAGAUAGAUUUUAAAGUAAUCUGCUUUCUAAAUUUAUCACUUGAACAGAUGAGGAAUGCUAUAAAAAUAUUUAGUGAAGUUUUAACAAAAGGAGUCUAUGGAUUGUUUUACUAUUGUGGGCAUGGCUUUAAAAUGCAAGAAAGUCACAUGCUUGCUGUUGACACACCAGAAUCUUUCUUAAGGAAGGAUUCAAUUUGUGAAAGUGAAUUGUUAGCUAUGUUACAACAAAAAGAUCCUACUCUUUUAGUAACAAUAUUGGAUAUGUGUCAAACUGUACCACAAAGAGAAUGUAAUCCUGAUAUUUAUAAUGAAAUACCAGAAAUACUAGAAACAAAUAUAAACUAUAAAAGUCGGAAAAAUCUUCGAAAUUUAGUCCAAGCAUAUUCCACGUCUAGUUAUUGUCCUAGUUAUGAAAGAGAAAGUUCUCAGUCUGGAUUAUAUGCAAUGCAUCUAAGCAAUUAUAUUACUCAAAAUAUCCCAAUCAUAAAAGUAUUUGAAGAAGUAGGAAAAUCAAUAGAUAAAGUGUUAAAGGGAACAGAGCGCAAUCAAAUUCCAAUGUAUUCAACAAAUACUACUAAACACUUCCGUCUCACUGAUGCAAUUCAAAGUGAAAGAAAUCCAUCACCUAUGCUAAAUAAUUUAAAUGAGUUAAUGGCCUUUUCAAAGAAAUCUUUUGAAAUAAGAUUAAGUGAAAUUGAUAUUACUGCCAAGAUUACAGUCUCGUUAAUGAAUUCUUAUUUAAAUGUAUUGAAGGUUUCAGUGCAUUACUCGGGAGAUCUAAAACUAAGUUUUUUUACUUCUGCAACUAUAAAGUCGAAUAAUUUGUCGUGUAACGAACACGGGAAAUGUUACAUAUUUAAUCCACAAAUAUGUCAGGGACCUUUGAUUAUAAGCAUUUCCAAAAAUGGAAUUACUUAUCUACACAAAUUACAUAUUCAACAAUAUAUUCCACCAAUAUUGAAAAGACUCCAAAACUAAUAUAUAUAUAAUUGAAUGCAUAUGUGUAUAAAAUAUAAUU